AUGAAGCACUUUCCUGGGAGCACAAAGCGGCAGCGUAACAUUAAUCUCUCUGGCAAAUCAAAGCCUUCUUCUGGUCUUAUUGUAGCUCGGGGAGAACGAGCUAGAAGGGAAGCGGAGCGUCAAAGGGUUGCUGCCGCAACAAAAAUUCAGUCAACCUACAGAGGAUAUGCCAUUCGGUAUUCUGUGCGCAGAGCCCGUCGGGCGGAUUGGGAUAGGUCUGUUGGUUUCCCUGCAGCACUACCCCCAACCGAUCACUCCGACGAUAGCCUUGCUCUCCUUCUCUCAUUCUGCGAUGCUGCAGACACAGAAGAUGUCUGUCGCCUCGUCUUCAUAAUCUCUGCUUUCCAUCUAGACGAUGAACCAAGUUCUUUGAUAGGAUUGAAUCUUGCAGAGAAUAGCCGCCACCGCCUCUUAAUCACCCGCCUCUUCCGGGUCUUGCUAGUUGCUGUUUCAUCCAUCAGUGUCCGCCAUGCUACAACUCUUACUCAGGCCUUGCGUAUUCUUCCAUUUCUAUCCUGCGCCAUUACCUAUUUUCCGGAACAAGCCGAUACCACAUACUUUGAGACAAUUGCAGGGCUCAUAGACCGUGGUCUGAUCCCCCAUAUAUCAACUUUCUAUCCAUUGGAAACACGCACAGCAACCUUGGCUAUCAUUCUUCAGUCUAUCGUCCUACCGCUUCGGCCAGGUAUCAGAGCCAACCGACCUCUCGCCUACACUAAUUUUGUGCAAGUAUUUCUAACCACAGCUUCACUUGAUACAAACCUGUUUUCAGCUAUCCCAGUGUCUAUUCUCCGAAAGCUCCUUGAUAUCCGCCAGCUCCUUGAGGCUGCUACUCAACUUAGAGUCGAUCAGUUAUCCCCAGAACAAAUUUUAUGGUUGCUAUCCUACCUCAUUGCUUUUGUGUAUGAUCCUGAGCUGCUUGUUUCCAGUCACCAUCUAGCUCUUCAGGACCGCAUAUCCUCCCACCCAUUGUAUCAGAAAGCCGACAUCACGGGGCCUUUGGACUCAAGAACCAUAUGUGGAUUACUUGCGACGACUUUAAACCCAAUAUUAGAUGCAUACGGCCGAAAGAUUCGGAACCAAACAAGCACCCCUGACAGACAACCAAUCGUACCAUCGAGAGCUCAGGCGGGUCUCUUUGUCGAGUCCGAAGAGCGUCUGAAUCCUCCCGAAUUUGUGCAGCGUCAGCUCAAAAAUUUACUCGAGACCGACUUCAUAUCAAAUCUCGCAGAUGGAAUAACAUGGAAUUGGACAACCCCCUCUUCGUCAACGCAAACAGUAUGUAUUCGCCACGCCGCCCAGAGAUUUACCCUCCACCUACUUCUCUAUUUCCGGUUCCUUGAACAAAAACUUCACAACCGGCUUUUCCUCGCGAGAUCUCAGGACGACAUGUCGCUGUUGGCUACCCUGUACCAUCAGGUUCAAAAUACACACACAUUUCGGGACGGCGUGGCCGGUGUUGAUGCAAUCCUAGAUGGCCUCAAGCUCACCCACCAAAAAACCGGGGGAACAGCUCCCCAAUCUUCGGAGUGGACCACAAUCCUUCUCUUCUUGGAUCUAUAUUGUUUUUCUAACAUUGUCAUGGACGAUGAAGAAUUCUUUACUCUCGGGGACAAGUCGCUUCAGUCGAAUCAGUUACGGCACCUGGUCGAUUUCCUGAAAAACCUAGCCUUCGUAGCCUAUUUUGAAGUUUCUGAAAUUGAAUCCCAGGUAUCUGACGAGCCGCUCCAGCAACUAUUUACAAAGCCCACUCGUGCGCUACAAUUAAACACGCGUUUGGAUGUAGCUGGUAUUCAUGGUGUAUCCCUUCCUUGGAUACGCAACCUGGCAAUCAGAAUAUUACGUUCUCUCCACAGAAGAGAUUCCCGACAGAAAUUUCUCCCUGACGGCUUUUGGCUCAUGAAACAAAUCAAUACCGAAGGUACUACACAUCUCAUCGCCGAGGAGGAAGCACGACAACAGGAGUUGGAGCAAUCUAGUAAUAUCGAAGAAUCCGAUUCUGAUUCCGAUACUGAUGACGUUGCUAAAACUACUUCAGCAAAUAGCAACAUCGCUAGACGCCCCAACAGGAGGCACGAAAGAACAUUAAGGGACAACUACUUAGCCGCAAUCACCCCACGCUUAGGGGUGAUCCAGAAUCUUCCUUUCUUCUUACCAUUCCGAACGAGGGUGUCAAUUUUUCGUGAUUUCAUUAAGCUUGACCAAGCACGUCGGGGAACAGGGGAUCGGGAUCUAUGGAGGCUUAGUCAGGCGAACCCCUUCCAGGAUCAGCCUGGGACAAAAUCAAAACAUCAUGGUAUCAUCCAUCGUGAUCGAAUGUUUGAAGAUGCCUACGACGAGUUUUACGCUUUGGGAGAAAGUUUCAAGGAACCGAUUCAGAUUACCUUUGUCGACUCCUUUGGUGCAGAAGAGCCUGGGAUAGAUGGUGGAGGUAUUCUUAAAGAAUUCCUCUCGUGCGUCGUUCAGGAGCUGUCCAGAACAGAUACAGCCAGAAGUGUACCAUUCUUUACAGAAACAGAAGAUCACACGAUCUACCCCAACCCCUUUCUUCUCGAUGAACUGCCAGGGGAUUUUAGCAAACUGGAAAAUAAUAGCACUUCCGACCUCCAAAUAGCGGCUUCACGGGAAGCUAUGGAUUUAUUACGGCGAAUUGAGUUUCUAGGCCGUAUCAUUGGAAAGUGCAUGUAUGAAGGUAUUUUAGUGGAAGUUGUUUUCGCAGAUUUUUUCCUUCUCAAAUGGAGUAAGGUCAUGCUGGGUAACGAUGAUGUUGGACUCGGUGUAGAUGAUCUCAAGAGGUUCGAUCGAAGCCUUUGGAAAGGUCUUCAAGCUUUGAAACAUUACGAUGAACAAACGAUUAAAGACCUCGACCUUACGUUUGCUAUCGAGAACAUUCUUCGAGUGACAGACUCUCGGGCUCCUACCGGAGUUACCCAGAAGAUUGUGUUGGUGGAUUUGAAACCCGGUGGUUCACAAAUCCCGGUGACAUCCUCGAACAGGCUCGAGUAUAUCCACUUAGUUUCAAAGUACAAGCUCGCAGCUCAAGGCAAACAACAAACAAAUGCAUUUUUAAAGGGUCUCUCAUCCAUCAUUUCGCCAAGGUGGCUUUCUAUGUUUAACCAGUCUGAGCUUCAGACCCUCAUUGGCGGGAAUGAAUCUCCACUAGACAUCGACGACCUUCGAAAAAAUACCAUUUAUGGUGGAAUAUAUACCAUUGGGGAUGAUAAACAAGAACAUGAAACUAUUAAGAUGUUCUGGAGGGUGUUGAAAAGGUUGCGAGAGUCUGAUAAGCGAGCUGUAUUGAAAUUUGUUACCAGCGUAAGCAGGGCGCCUCUUCUAGGAUUCAGCUCUCUGAACCCAAGGUUCAGCAUUCGAGACGCUGGUAGCGAUUCAACAAGGCUACCGAGCACUAGCACCUGUGUCAAUCUUCUAAAACUGCCCCGUUACCCAUCGGAGACCGUUCUCGAAGAAAAGCUAUUGUAUGCAGCUAAUGCCGGAGCAGGGUUUGACUUGAGCUAA